AUGGGCUUUCUUCGUAAAACUUGAUCGAAAGUCUUUUGAAAUUCCCCGGUGGUCUUUCUACCGGCGGUAAGUGUUGGCUUAGCGAAAGUCCAGACACUGGCAAAGAGAGGUUUUUGAAAUCUUCUUUCUCAUUCUCUUGCUAGAUAGCCGGUCAAAGGCUAUUGAUUUCUUUCGUUAUUUUAAGUUGUUCAGAUUUCAGGUGUAAACUGUUUUGAGUAGAUGCGGAGAAUCAAGGAUAAAUUAUCAACAAAGUUAAUGAAUGUUUGUGUGGCAUCUCUUUGUAAAGCCAAACAAUUAGAGAAAGCUGAAAUUGUUAUAGUUGAUGGCAUAAGAAUUGGAUUACAACCAGAUGUUGUCACUUACAACACAUUGAUUGCUGCAUAUUGCCGCGUUGUUGGCAUAGAUGCUGGUUAUUCCAUCCUUCAUAGGAUGAAGGACGCUGGAAUUAACCCUGAUGUUAUUACCUAUAACGCUUUGAUUGCCGGAGCUACUAGAUAUUCUCUGUUAUCUAAAUGUCUCGACCUGUUUGAUGAAAUGCUUGAGAUGAGAAUUCUUCCUGAUAUUUGGAGUUACAACACAUUAAUGAAUUGUUUCUUUAAAUUCGGGAAGCCAGACGAAGCUUACAGGGUUUUUCAAGAUAUUCUUUUGAAAGAUAUAUCUGUUCAUUCAGCAACUUUCAAUAUUUUAAUUAAUGGGCUGUGUAUGAAUGGAUAUACGGAGAAUGCCCUAAUGUUAUUUAGGAGUUUGAAGUGUCAUGGAUUUAUUCCUCAGUUAGUAACUUACAACAUUCUUAUUCAUGGGUUGUGCAAGUCAGGACGAGGAAACGUUGCAAGAGAGUUCCUCAACGAAUUGGUAGAAUCAGGUCAUAUCCCGAAUGCCAUCACUUAUACUACAGUAAUGAAAUGUUGCUUCAGAUAUAGACAAUUUGAAGAAGGCCUUAAAAUCUUUGCACAGAUGAGAAACAAAGGAUAUACGUAUGAUGCCUUUGCUUACUGUACAGUUGCAAGUAUGUUACUUAAAACUGGGAGGAUAACUGAGGCUAAUGAGUACCUGGGAUAUAUUAUUACAAGUGGCUUUACCCUUGAUAUUGUGUCUUUUAAUACCAUUUUUAAUCUAUAUUGUAAGGAAGGUCAGCUGGAUAAUGCUUAUACGUUGUUAUAUGAGGCAGAAAACGGAGGCUUGGAAUCUGACAAGUACACCCAUGCUAUCUUGAUUGAUGGCUUGUGCAGGACUGGUAAUUUCCAAGAGGCCCAGCAACAAUUGAACCGUAUGAGUGUGACAGGUUUUGAUUCUAACUUGGUUGCGUGGAAUUCUUUUAUCAAUGGGUUGUGUAAAACUGGUCAAUUGGAUUAUGCUACGCAUAUAUUUGAGUCAAUGGAUACGAAAGAUUCCGUUUCUUACUCUACCAUGGUCCGUGGUCUUUGCCAAGCUAGGAGGUUUCGUGCAGCAUCUAAGUUACUACUAUCGUGUAUUAGAGGUGGCAUGAAUAUUCUUAAAUCAGAUAAACGAAUUGUUAUUGAUGGUCUUCGUAGUUGUGGACUUACGCAUGAAGCAAGGAAGGUCCAGUCUAAAAUUCAAAUGGCUAAGCUUCUGCAUUAUUGAUAAAGAAUGGUGCUCAACUUUGCCACUGAAGUUUUAACCUUAUUUAUUGGCCAAGAUUUCUACAUUAUAACAAUUUUGUGGAAGUUGAAAUUUAAGGGAUAAUGCAACUGAGAAUACAACCUAUGUUAACCAGUUAUAAAUGGGUAGAAGUAUUCACUCCUCUUGUAAAGGCAAACACAAUGACAUACUGUUAGUUUUGAGCAGACAAAUGAUAGCUUUUGGAGGUUCUCUUCCAGAUGCGGAUGGAUCAAGCAUAAAAUUUAUUUGCUCAGCUUACAAGGCACAGUUGCUCUAUCUCCCCGGGAAGAACUUCCAACUGGAGCUGCACAAUCUAGUAUGAGUUCAUAUAGGCAUACCGAGCCAUCAGACAAUAUUCUUCAGCGUGCUUGCUGUAGAAGAAAUGCUAACAAUUCAGGUUUGUCCCAACUGUUAGUUACUAUUACAUCCUUUGUUUUUUUUUAUCAGAUGUCCCCGAAGGGACCUUCCUUUGUUUCAUGUCUACAUUUGCAAAAACUUAAAAGACUUUUCUUUCUUAGCAUUUGGUUCAUCAGAUUGGCCACUCAGGAGAACUUGGUCACUUUGGACACUCAAUGAACUUAGUUGAUCUAAAGCAGUCUUAAUGGAGCAUUACUUGUUAAUUUCUAGAAAUCACUGAAUUAGAGGUAUCACUUAGUCUUCCUCUAUAAGCCAGCUAUUUGAUGUCAAUUUUCAUUUAGAUGAAUCGGAAUUUUGAAUUUUCCAGUGUUCCAUUUGUUGAUCUUUCAUUUCCAAUUUGAAGUAGGGUUGAGGCUGGUUGAUCUACAAUGAUGAUUUGGUUCGAUACACUUUUCUGAAGAGUGUUAAUUGGGUCUCUGGCCCUGGAUUACGUGCAAAUUUAGUCAGUCAUCCAGCUGAACUUCUUAUAUGACGGGAAUUUUUUGAGGUCUUUAUGUAACUUACUUCAUGGUCUUUGCUUAUUUUCAGUUCACUCAUAUUGACAAAGAGGAGGUAUGCAUAUUGUGGAUUAUGAGACAACAAUUUGCCCAUUAUAUCUAGUUUGAUGCAUAGAGGGAGUCAUUUACGGUUAGAAUUGAGCUUGGUGAUACCUUCGUUUUCCUUCUGUUCUUUGCUAAGUUAAGCAUGGCUAGUCACUCCACAUUUCAGAUAUCAUUUCUUCACUGCAAACAGGCGUUGCUGUUGGAACUUAUAUUCUGAAGUCAUCCUUUUGGUUCAUGCAGAACUGGUGUUCUGUUUUGUCACUGGGGACUUUGAGAUGCCCCUGAGUGGAUAAAGAAUCCGCUCAUGUUUAGUCCAAAUAUGUCUCCCGUUUUUCUCGAGAGGGUAUGUCCUGGUAACCCGAAGCUUAGACACUGAUGAUGAACCCUUUUAGUAUGUUUCCAGCUUAUUUCUUGCAUAUGACAUAUUUUCUCCUAAAUUGGAUCUUGGAAAAUCUGCUUUAGAAAUCUGAAAGGGUGACAGGUUCAAGUCCCAAUACUAGUGUGUACCGGUGAGAGAUGAAUGUAAUAGUCGAGAUCUGCAUAAGUUGAUGAGAAUACUACCUGGUUGGAUGUUGUUAAAAGUUGAAAAGAUUAAUGAGUGGUGAAUUGCAAAAGAAACGGAUUGAUCAAUGAAGAGUGACAUCAGGCGGAGAAAAUGGCAAGGAAAAAAAAGGUAGAAAGGGUCCAUGGCGGAGGUAUUUUGGCAGAAUGCGGAAACAAGAGUCAUGUAAAAUAGUAAUUGUUCAUCGUGACAUGUCGACGUGCCACUGCUAUGGCUUUAGGUAUGGAAGGCGACUGAUUGCUCUGCGCAUUAUUAUUGUGCUGUGCAAAUAUAUACAAUGGGGUGAUUGUGGUGGUCCA